AUGUUGGGCAGCGUGGCGUCCUGUGGAAAGGGUCUCAGGAGGCUCAGCGACGCCGCCCACGACGGCUUGGCAGCGGUCUUUCGACAGCUGGGCUUGUUCGUCGCACGCCGCCCCUUGAUUUUCAUUCUGCUGCCAAUCCUGUGCACGGCGGUGCUGGGAGUGCUGGCCCUGCGGAACUUCGAGGAGGACGACAAUCCAGAACACCUGUACGCUCCGAACAGCGCGGACUCCGUAGAUGACAGGCUGUACGUGAGACAGGAAUUCGAGCAUCCCGCGGUUGUGGACCGCUUAUAUGCUGUGGCGAAUGACGGCAACGGAAAGAACCUUCUGGAGCCGUCUGUCGCCAAGGCCAACCUGGUCGAGCUCAUGGAGCUAUGGGAACAUAUCGAGAGUUUCGAAAGGACUUUUUUUGGAUUUCUGGUUACUUAUACUCAAAUUUGCUACCGUACAAGGCCCAAUUUUCAAUGCAAGAGGGAGAGCAUUCUGGACGCCUGGGAUUACGACAUGGCCAAACUACAGGCGGACGAUGACGUUCUCGGAACCAUCAACUCGGGAAACGUCACCGACAUUUUCGGCAGGCCCUUGGAUGUGGAGAGUGCACUGGGGGGCGUGCAGCGGGAUGCCGAUGGGAGGAUAAACGGUGCGGAGAUAUUCCAGCUGGUGGUUGAAAUUGACACCGAUCUCAGCGAACAGGAUGAGGCCCUCCUUCGCCUGCUGGAUUCGACAGGCAACUUGACAGAUGAGCAGAAAGAUGGGCUGGGCAAGGCGGGCUCCUUCACGAGCGAGGGCUCGGACCCCCGGGGCCUGCUGUGGGACCAGGAGCUGGUGGACGAGGUGCACGGCUGGCACACUGCCAAGCGUGGCCGUCUCCAGGCCUUCUACAGCAGCACGCCCCACGUCUACCGGGAGGCCACAGAAGCCGUCAUGAGGGACAUGAUCUGGGUGCUGCUGGCAGCGCCGCUGGUAGGAGCCUACAGCAUGGGCACGCUCUUCCGGAACAACUGGAUUGCCAUCAAGUCGCACCUCGUCGCAUUCAGCACUCUGUCGGUGGGCAUGUCUUAUGUCUCUGCCAUCGGCUUCUCUGUGACCAUCGGCGUGGAAUACAACCUCGUGAUUAGCUCCGUGCCCUUCCUGCUCCUGGGCCUCGGCAUCGACGACACGUUCAUCAUCCUUGGCGCCUUCAGAAAGACAGAUGUGCGGGACAGCGUCCAGGACCGCAUAGCCACCACCAUGGCCUCCGCCGGGUCCACCAUCUUCGUGACGUCCGUGACGGAUUUCGUGGCCUUCCUGCUGACCAUGUUCACCGACAUCCCUGCGCUCGUGGCCUUUGCGGUGUACUCCAGCUCGGGGAUCUUUUUCACCUUUGUCUACCAGACCACUUUCUUGUUAUCCUUCGUAAUCUUGGAAGCCCACCGCGAGAGGCGGUUGUACAAGGGGGCCACGUGGCUCGGGCUAGGGCCCAUUCCCAAGGGAGGGCGAGCGCCAUCGGAGUCGGCAAACGAUUCCCACACCUCCUCUGAAGAAGCAGCCACCCCGGCUUCCCUGCCAGCAGGCACUCCAAUGACGGCGAAGGCGCUGGAAAUUCGUCGAGGCUCUUCAGGUUCCGCUGAGCAGGACGCCAAGGAGGCCGUGACCAGAAAACUGAGCUCCAGCCGCCCGGAUUUGAACUCCACCGGCGUUAAUCCCGCCCUGACAUCGAAGAUAUUUGGACGUGGCGACUACGACCCCUGCAGCAAGUCCUUCACUGCCAGGUUCAUGGGCGACUGGCUGCCCAAAGUGCUGCUGAGCACAUGGGGGAAGGUCGCUGUGGUGCUGCUGGAGCUCGCUCUGCUGUCCGCGGCGAUUUAUGGAUUCAUGAACACGUACAUGGAUUUCAGGUUCAAAGACUGGUUCACGCCCAAGGGCUCGAGAAUGGCGACGGCUUUCAAGAUCCAGGACAACCACUUUGGAGGCGACCAGAACCCGUUCACCAUUUACACGAAGGCCGCCCCCGAGGGCCUGACCUACUUCGACUUUCAGGACCAGUUCGUGGCCCUGAUGGACGCAACGCGGCAGAAUCCAUUUGUCACCGACAAGCCGCCAGUGUUCGGAUGGUACGAAGACUUCAGCGCCUGGCUAAACACGUCGGCCCCCGCCUCCGACCUCGUCGACGGCCGGGCGCCCAACGCCACCGCCUUCACGGACCUCGUCCGGCGGUUCGUCGACACCGACGGCGCCCUGUACUUUAGUGACAUAAAAUUUGACGAAUCGACCGACGAAAUCGUGGCCAGUCGACUAGUCAGGGGUCACAGCCGGGACCUGGUCGACGGCGACUACAUGGUAGAUUUUGUGGACAGCGUGAGGCACGAGGCGCACACGGGGGUGCCGGAUUUGGACCCUUUUGUGUACCACUUCUUUUUCCCGUUCAUCGACGGCCUGAAGGUGAUACAGUACGUCACGCUGCGCAACGUGCUGAUGGCGGGGGCCGCGGUGUUCCUCAUCGUGCUGGUGCUGCUGGCGAACUUCCUGGCGGCCCUGUCGGUGGUGUGCAUGAUAGCCCUCACGGACGUCAUGCUGUUUGGUUACAUGUGGUACAGAGGGAUGACCUUCAACAUCGUGACGUCUAUUAACAUAAUCCUGGCCGUGGGCAUCGCCGUGGACUACUCAGCCCACGUGGCUUACGCCUUCCUCGCCCGCAAGACCGGCACGAAUACUGAACGCGCCGCGGCCGCCCUCGAUGACAUCGGCGGGGACGUCCUGGCGGGCGGCGUCACAACCUUUUUGGCCGUCGUGGCCCUCUACUUUGCCGAGCAUUACAUAAUGGACGUUUUCUUCAACAUGAUGACGGUAAUCGUGCUGCUGGGCCUGUGGCACGGGCUGGUCGUGUUGCCGGUGGUGCUCAGCUUCAUCGGCCCGAGGGCGCAUGUUCCGGAGGAACGGGGUAGGACGGGUGGCGCGUGUGUUGCGGUGGAAGAGGGCAGGGCGUGA